AUGGAUGAGCAAUUGGAUGAUAAAUGCUUGGAAGAAAAAAUAGAUCAAAUAUUUUCCAAUUCAGAACAUAAAAUUCUUUUAGAUAGAUUGAGCGAGUUAGAAGAGGUUUUGAAUUACAAAUUCAACAAAAGAAAUCUUAUUGAAGAAGCCCUCACUCAUUCCUCUGUAAUUCUAAAUUUUAGUACAGAAUUGGAAUUGUUGGGUUUGAAUGAGUGUGAGAUCUCUAAACAUUUGAAAAUUAGGGGCCUCUAUUCAUAUGAGCGCUUGGAGUUUUUGGGAGACGCCAUUUUGGGUCAAUUGGUUACAGUUUAUCUGUAUAACCCAGACAUGCAACCAGGCAUCUUGACCCGCUUGCGGUCUGCAAAUGUUAGAAAUGAAACACUGGCUCAUGUGGCGGUGAAGCAUGGAUUGUUUAGUUACCUUCGUUUUGAAUCCACAGAUCUGAAAGAAGCUAUCGAGAAGUUCACUCCAAUUGCAAAAAAUGAAGUAAAACAUCAUCGUUCUUACCAUUCAAACGCUCCAAAAGCUCUUGCUGAUAUAGUGGAAUCCAUCGCUGGUGCAGUCUUUGUAGAUAGUGAAAAUUCUGUAGACAAAGUUUGGAAGUUGGUCCAGAGACACUUGAGAGGCACCCAGUUGCAGAGCAUCAGGAAUUGUGUCAAAAGGAGGGGAAAUCCUUUUGAGUACUUCACUUAUAUAGUGGACAAUCUUUUGGCAACUGUGGAUGUAUUUAUAGAUGGGGAGUUGAUGGGCAGCGGAGAAAAUGAAAUAAAAAAAUUGGCAAAGAGAGCAGCCGCUAGAGAUACCUUUCUCAAUUUAAAAGUAGAAAAGAGAAAACCAUUGUUACAACCAUUAGUUGAUCCAAAGACACUUGAGAGGCACCCAGUUGCAGAGCUUCAGGAAUUAUGUCAAAGGGAGGGGAAAUCUAUUGAGUACUUCAGUUAUAUAGUGGACAAUCUUUUGGUAACUGUGGAUGUAUUUAUCGAUGGGGAGUUGGUGGCAAGUGGAGAAAAUGAAAUAAAAGAAGUGGCAAAGAGAGCAGCCGUUACAAAUGCCUUUCUCAAUUUAAAAGAGUACAAAUCUGUAGAACUAGCCCAGGGUUUACCAGUACCAGGGAGCCAGAAUAGCCUGAGGGAGUGUACACCAGAAGAACCUGGUGUGAGUGUUGAUCUAACUGUUCGAGAAGGAAUCAUCACAUAG